UCGACGCUAACUCAUCGACGCUAAUUUGACGGACAUUGUUGCUGCACGCAUAUUUAUGAGUUUUGUUUUGAAGUUGUUUUACAAAAAACCUUUUGGCAAUGGGUGAUCAGCGUGUCCUGGUCAUCGACAAUGGGUCUUACGAAUGCCGCGUGGGCUGGAGUGACUGCAAAGAACCUGCUCUGCGAUUCCGCAAUGUGCUGACCAAGCCGCGAAAGGAUCGCAAAAAGGAAGCCAUCGGCUCCUCUGAGGGUGCCGGCACCACGUCGGCGGCUGUUGAGGCACCCGCCGAAAUCCAGGUGGGCAACGACAUCACCAACAUCGAGGCGGUGCGUGCCCAUCUGAAGUCACCCUUUGAGCGAAACGUGAUAACCAACUGGAACCAUCAGGAGCAGAUAUUCGACUACAUAUUCACAAAAAUGGGCUUUGAGGGACAGGAAAACAUCAAUCAUCCGAUUGUGUUGACUGAGGCCCUGGCAAAUCCCAACUUCUGUCGCCAGCAAAUGAGCGAGCUGCUCUUUGAGUGUUACGGUAUUCCUGCUGUGUCCUACGGCAUAGAUGCUCUCUAUAGCUGGGAUUACUAUCAGCAGAGCCGCAGGAAGAUUUCCGAUGCCCUGAUCAUUUCCUUCGGCUAUAGCACCACUCAUGUGAUCCCCGUGCUGGAGGGCAAAAUUCAGCUGGAACAUGUGCGGCGUCUAAAUGUGGGAGGCUACCACAUCAUCACAUACCUUUUUCGGCUCAUGCAAAUGAAGUACCCAGUUCAUUUGACCGCCAUCACCAUCAGCAGGAUGGAGAAGUUGGUGCAUGAACAUUGCCACAUAGCCGUGGAUUACAGAGACGAGCUGGUGAAGUGGGCUCAAUUGGACUACUACGAGGAGCACAUCAUGAAAAUUCAACUUCCCUACAAUGCCGUGACCGCCACAAAUGCUCUGCUCACCGCCGAGCAAAAGCAAGAGAAGCGCCGUGAGCUGGCACUACGCCUCCUUGAGAUCAAAAACCGCCGCGAACGAGAAAAGCUGCGCGAGGAUGAGCAGCAGUUGUUUGUCUACAAUAAGCUACGACAACUGUAUGAACAGCAGAAAUUGCAAAAAUUCGAAAAGGCACUGGAACAGCAACAGAUCGGUACUUUAGAGGAACUGGAUUCCCUAAUCGCCACCAUUAACUCUCGAAUUAAACGAGCAGAGGAGCGGGCUACGAGUGCUCCUCGACCUAGUAAGCAACAGGAAAAGUUGGACAAAAUGCCCAAGCCCCCAGAGGGAAUCUCACAGGGCGAUUGGCUGGCAGAUAUUCAUGGUAAGCGAGAAAAACUGCUACGGCGUAAGCAAGCCCGCCAGCAGCAGCGAUCAGAGCAGGCCAAACGGCACACGCACGCCGCGCAGGAACGAAUGCGAAUCAUCUCAUCGUUGGCGAAAAGCGAUAAGCGACGCAAAGCCAAUGGCGAGGAGGAGGACGACGGCUUUGGUAUGAACGAUAACGACUGGGACGUCUACAAGCGGAUCAAUCGGUACAAUGACGACAGCGACUCGGAUGCAGACAACGAGCAGCUGUUGGAGUUCGAAAAGAUCCUCAACCACUACGAUGCCAACUUCGACGAUGGCAACUCCAAUGUCCAAGCCCAGAGCGCUGCUGAAAACUACCAACUGCACUUUGGGGUGGAAGACAUCCGCGUGCCGGAGAUUUUGUUCCAGCCAAGCAUGAUUGGCUGCUCGGAGGCUGGGCUCGCCGAGCUAAUAGCCUUUGUCCUAAAGCUUUUUCCCGCCGAGGAGCAGCAGCGCAUGGUGGAUCAUGUCUACCUGACAGGUGGCUGUAGUCAGUUCAGGGGACUGAAGGAACGACUGGCGAAGGAGCUGCUGGAAAUGCGACCGUUUCAGUCGAAUUUCGCCAUUUACGAAUCGGAUGGCCCCACUUUAAGCGCCUGGCUGGGAGCUUGUGUUCAGGCCGAGGAUCCUAGCUUUGGCCAGACGCUUACAACACGCAAGGAUUACCAGGAGAAGGGCAGCGAGUUCUUCCGCGAACACAAAGCCAGCAAUAUUUUUUAUCCUACACCAAAUGAUUAACGUAUUUAUAUUUGAAGUCACCGAAAAAUAAAGACAGACUUAAGCUAGA